AUGCUGCGGAAUUCUUUCGGCGUUCUCUACCAAUCCACCAACUUGGCCCGCACAAUCCACACUACAGCCGCGUGUAAUGAAAUUCGCAAAUUGGCUCGACUCCGCGUAGUCGACAACAGUGAAAUCGGCAAACGAGCGAUGGCCGAGGGCAAACCACCGAAGUGUAUACACGUUUACAAUAAACAAAGCGUCGGGCGGAUUGGCGACAAGGUGCUGGUUGCGAUCAAGGGCCAGAAAAAGAAGGGCAUUCUGGUGGGAUGUAAACAGUUUCAGAAACCGAAGAUUCCCAAGUUCGACAGUAACAACUUGGUGCUCAUCGACGACAAUGGUACACCGCUGGGGACGCGCAUCCACGUGCCCAUUCCGACCAUCCUGCGUACCAUCUUGAAGGAGAAAACUCAGGCAAAAGGAGCGGACUACACGAAAUUGCUCGGUAUAGCAAGUAGAUUUGUUUAAU